AUGACUGAAAUCACGACUUCCGUGCCACCAGUCUCGGGUAGCUCAUCUACCUCUCCGGGCACGAUUGCGGGUGCUGUUGUUGGAAGUGUUGCAGGCGCCGGUGGUAUUGUAGCCGGUGCCAUGUUCCUAAUUCUGAAGAGGAAGAAACACCAACAGGCUCAGUCAAAUGAUGCUAGGAAUGUCACAGACCAGAAGGACCAGUCAUGUCACUCUGGUUGGGAGAAGCCGCAAGCUGUGGAGGUUGAGGGAAGCACCCCGGCUCAUGGGGCUGCAGCCGUCUCAGGAAAUAAUGCACCACGUGAACUUAAUCCUACUCACCUCAUUUUCGAGUUACCAACACUGGAUGAGGCAAACCGUCAUUGA